UUGAUUUAAACAGGGUGCCACGAUCUUUCCCGCCUCUACAUUUAAACAAAAAAUUUAUAGAGCGCUGAAAAACCCUUGAAGAAUGGGACUGAAUAAAUUUUGUUAAUAUCUCCUGCAAAGUUUUCUGGGGCUCUGGAAGUUUGCCACUGUUAAAGUGGAUCCAUUGCCGUGAAUGACUGGAGUUCAGGGCCAUCCAUUUGGGUUCUAUGCGAUUUGAGUGCCUUUCCAAAUUUCUAGGGUUUCAAGUUUCUCUGAUAUUCUUCGUUUGAUAAUUUUGGAUAACAAGGAAUUGGGAUCCGAGUUGUUAAUCCUUGACGUUUCAAGCGAUGCAUUGGCUCUGCUUAUUUCUAGGGUUUUACUUUUUAGGGGGUUUUUAUUUUUAGUGUGAAUAUCUGGGGUUCCAAACUGUAAUGGAUGCACUUCCUGAAUUUCCUGUUAUCUGAAAUCUGUGAUUCUGCUUGAAGUUACAUCCUUAUUCAUAGAAAGGUGUAUUUUUUGUGCAUUCUGCUGCUCAGAGGGCUAUGGAAAUGGAGAAUUGAUCUACGUUUCUGAAAUUUCCUGGGUUUCAGUGAAUGUUUUAAAUCUAGGGCUCUACAUCGUGGACGCGAGAACCUGUGCCCCUUAUUGACCAUCUGCAGUUUCGGUCAACUUUUGGUUUUCAAUAGUUUUCACCAUGGCGAAGAAAGCACAGGACUUGUCACUGAUGAUUGCUAAGGUUUUUAACGAGUGUCAGGAGUCUAAUGCCAUUCAUGCCCGAAAAAUGAAGGAGUUGAUGGCCCUUCGGGCCUCAUCUCCAGGGAGGUUUGUAGAGCCAUAUUGGAAAACCCUAAGGCCUCUUUUCCUUGCCCAGAAAAGGGUUUUGGGCACUGAAAGGCUUGUUAAGGUUUUAGCAGGUUUUGCAGCUUACAGGGAUGAGAAGAAUGCACAAGAUUCCGAUGCCUUUUUAGAAGAAUUCUUGAAGAUGUUGCUUUCACUCUCCUCUGCAUCACACAAGACCAUUAGGUUUCGAUCUUGCCAGAUCAUCUCUGAGAUCAUAAUGCGAUUGCCAGACGAUGCGGAAGUAAGCAAUGAUGUCUGGGAUGAAGUGAUAGAUUGCAUGAAACAACGGAUGCAGGAUAAGGUUCCAACUGUUAGGGCUUUUGCAGUUCGUGCCUUAGCACGCUUUGCAAGCGAUUCAGAGAAUGAAGACAUAGUUGAUCUAUACCGGCAGGUUCUGGCUGGUGAGCAUAAUGCAGAAGUUCGUAAAAUGCUAGUCUUGUCCAUGCCUCCAUCAAAAUUGACAGCGAUGGAUGUGAUUGAACGUACACUUGAUAUCAGUGACUCUGUGCGCAACUCAGCAUACAUUGUCCUGGCAAAAAAUUUCCCCCUUCAGAGCCUGAGCAUCAAGCAUCGAGCUAUUAUUCUUCAGAGGGGACUUGCUGACAGGUCCCUGUCAGUUACUAAAGAAUGCCUGAAGAUGUUGAAAGAUUCAUGGCUCACAAACAGUAGCCAUGGUGAUCCCAUAAACCUUCUCAAAUUUCUAGAUGUGGAAACUUAUGAAUUGGUUGGAGAGGCUGUCAUGGAGGAGCUUUUGAAAACUGGGAUGGUGCCAUUUCAGGAUGGUCUAUGUAUUGAUCAGUUUGUAAUCCCAGUGCAAGUCACAAAUAAUGGAAAUGGCAGUAGAGGCAUUCCACUAAUUGAGGCAGAAGUUGCUCUUUACUGGAGAACUUUAUGUGCACACUUGCAAACUGAAGCACAGGCAAAAGGUAGUGAUGCUGCAGCUACAGCAGGUGCAGAAGCAGCUGUAUAUGCGGCAGUAGCUUCAGACAAUAAUGACCUCUUAGAAAAACUUCUGCCUGCCACUGUUGCUGAUUAUGUUGAUUUGGUUAAGGCACAUCUCUUUGCCGGACCAAAUUAUCGUUUCACUUCGAGGCAGCUUCUGUUGCUUGGUGUAAUGCUAGACUUUUCUGAUGCUUCAAAUAGAAAAGUGGCUAGUGCUUUUAUAAAAGAGCUAUUGUAUAGACCUCUCGAACAUGAGGUUGAUGAGGAGGACGGGACUAAAGUGCUCAUAGGGGAUGGUAUAAAUCUUGGUGGAGAUAGAAAUUGGGCAAGAGCAGUGUCUGAUCUGGCAAGAAAAGUACAUGCAUCUGCUGGAGAAUUUGAGGACGUGGUCAUCAGUGUUGUUGAAGAGCUUGCUUGUCCAUGUAGAGAGAGAGGUGCUGAUUUUAUGCAAUGGAUGCAUUGUCUUGCAGUGACCGGCCUUCUCUUGGAAAACAUCAAAUCCUUCAAGAGCCUUCGUGGAAAACCUAUUGAAGCUUCUGAAAUACUUCACUCGUUACUGCUUCCAGCGGCAAAACACAUUCAUAUGGAUGUUCGAAGGGUUGCUGUUAGAUGUCUGGGCCUUUUUGGUUUAGCAGAGGGGAAGCCAAGCCAUGAGAUGGUUAAGCAAUUGCGAAUUUCUUUUAUUAAUGGUCCAUCUUCAGUUAGCAUCAUAGCUGGAAAGGCUCUAUUUGACCUUGCUAUGUGGCACAGUCCUGAAGAAGUUGAUAGGGCUGUAGGAUUGGGUCUUUCGACACCAUCUCCUGAUGAUAAUGGGAUUUCUCCCUCCGGAAAUUCCUGUGAUGGGGAUGAUGACUUGGGAUUAGGGGUUGUAGAUCUCUUGUAUUCUGGAUUCGACAGAGAACAAUGGGACAAUUGUUCAGACGCUGGAGAUCAUCAGACUGUUCGAGCUGUACUUGCUGAAGGGUUUGCAAAAAUGUUACUUCAGAGCAAGAAUUAUCCAAGCAUCUCUUCUUCUAUGCAUCCCUUAAUUUUUGGGAAGCUUAUCAAACUAUACUUCAGUGAAGAAACCAAGGAGUUACACAGGUUAAGGCAGUGCUUGUCUGUGUUCUUUGAGCAGUAUCCUGCUCUCUCAGACGAUCACAAGAGGAGCAUCUCUGAGGCUUUUAUUCCUACCAUUCGUGCUGAGUGGCCUGGUGUUAAUGGACAAUCAGGUUCUCCUGUUAUGGUAUCUGCCCAAAGAAGACGUGCCACCCAAAUGUCACAUUUUAUGCUUCAAAUGAUGCAGGCACCUUUGUACAAGUUCUUUGAAGAAGGCCAGGAAAACCAGUCUAAUGAGAAAGACUCAAGUAGUCCUACAGACCUGAAGCUGGAUACACUUGGACUUGAGAGUGGAGAGGAAGGGCUCGCUAUCAGAAUAGGGGUUGAGGUGGUGAGCUAUCCAAUAAAGAAGACGGCCGCAGGAAAAUCAUACCUGUCAGCAUUGUGUAAGGCUGUGGUUCUGCUCCAUUUCCGGCCCUCUGAACAGGAAGCAAUUAAGUGUAUGAGAAAACUGUUGGGCUGCAUGGCUGAGUUGGUUCAAGUGGACAAAUUACUUCUCAAGGAACUGAAUGCAUUAGCAUCACACAUUAAGGCUUUGGAUGAACAUCCAGAUCAAGAACUCUCUCUUGAUCGAACCAAGUUUAUAUUUGGAAAGUUGGGUUUGGACGAUAAAUUUGACAUUGAGGAGUUGUCCACAUCAGCCCCUACACCAGUUGCACCCUCAACAAGAAGAACCACCACAAGAAGGCGGGUAAGGCCAGCUGUUUCAUCCGAUGAUGAAGAUGCUUCUCCACCUUGCCCGAUGCCUGUCACCUCAGUAACAAUAGCCACUCGUUCUCAGAGGGUGAGCAAAACUGCUGCAAUGAGUAAGAUGGCAGCUAAGAAUUUGGAGUUAGAGGCGAGUGAUGAAGAGUCAGAUUUGACAUCAGAAGAGACUGCAGAUCGAUCUGAUUAUGAGUUUGCAUUCGAGGGACAGGGUAAUGCUAUUGAUGAGAGAGAAAAAGUGAAGAAGAGAGAAAAUGGGAGCCCUGUGAGUUCUCGAAGCCAAGCAAAGCAUGUACUUGGAGCUGUUGCACAGAAUGAGUUGGAGUAAAGCAAAAAGCUUCCUUUAUAUAUAUAUAACGUGACUUCUGAGAUUGGUUAUCGUAGAAAGCAUGCGCUUGGAGUCUGGUUUUUGAUUUUCAUGUAAUCACUCGUGAAAAAACCUGUCAAUCAAACAUCAUUCAGUCAAAUGCUCUUGUAAAAUCCCUUUAAAGGUUGUAAUUUGAUUCCUCAUGGAAAGUAAAUAUAUGUUGUGUUUUUUGCAUUGUGCAUUGACCGUUUAUAUUUGGGCAGCGGAGCUCAUAGCCGGAAUGAAAGUGGUUUUAAAUUUCUUCUUC